ACUAAGGGUGCCGUGUGUUGAAGAAGAUGUCUAGGCCAUAAGCACCGUGCAGUGAGGAUCGCUAAUGUAUGCCUGUAGCCAUGCUGUCCAAGGGCCCACUGCAGUAUGCCCAGGUCUUUGGAUGCAAGAAAAGGGCCACAGUUGUGGUGCCUGGCAAACACAGCAAUGGCCUCAUCAAGGCUGCUGGAACCACUUCUGCUCUGGGCAAAGAGCGAUUUGCUGGUGUGAACAUUUGUGUUCAUGUGAAGGGUGGUAGUCAUGCGGCCCAGAUUUGUGCUGUCCAUCAGUCCAUCUCCAAAGUCCUGGUGGCCUAUUACCAGAAAUAUAUGGAUGAGGCUUCCAAGAAGGAUAUCAAAGACAUCCUCAUCCAGAAUGACCAGACCUUGCUGGUAGCUGGCCUCCUUCGCUGUGAGUCCAAAAAGUUUGGAAGCUUUGGUGCCUGUGCUCGCUACUAG